UCUCGAUACUAAAAUAAACCAGUCCUUAGAAAAAGAACAAAUACUUGCCGCUACCAAUAGUACCAUUUAUUUUUAGUACCUAACUCGAAAAAUUGCGCGAAAUGAAACUGGCAGUUGUCAGGUGAGUACCUCGUUGGCCGCAACCAACGCCGGGGUCGUAAGAUUACUGUUCGACGUUUUGACUUUACGAGUUGAAUAUUUUUGUAUACAAAAGUUUUUGUGUAGUGCUAUUUUGUGAUAAAGAUUAUAGUUCUCCAUUUAAGGUUUAUUUUGGUUGUCAACCAAGCAUCAGUAAACUGGUGGAUGUCAGAGCCUUUUUCUUCACUCUCCAAUUGAAUCAAUUGAGAAGCAAUGGGAAUAUAGCUGGUUGAUAUUUUUACUUGAAAAGAGAUCGUCGACAGUUUUCGAACAAAGGCCGCUAUGUUGCUGCGAGCCAUUAAAAUUUACUGGAGAACGUUGUUCGUUUUAAUCUACCCGUUAGCUCUAUUGCCAGUUUUUUUAACAAAUAACACAUCCGCCUUCAGAUGUCUCUACGUAGUUCUUCUUAUGGCAGGCUAUUGGGUCUUCGAAGUGCUUCCCCUCCCAGUAACAUCACUUAUACCAGUGGUCUUGUUUCCUCUUAUGGGAAUUCUCGGUACAGACCAAACGUCGCUGUGUUAUUUAAAGGAAACAAAUAUGAUGUUUGUCGGGGGCUUGAUUAUAGCAAUAGCUGUUGAACACUGUAAUCUCCAUAAAAGAGUAGCUUUGCAUGUGAUAAGACUCGUAGGUUGCAGUCCAAGAAGAUUGAAUAUUGGACUCUGUUCUGUCACUAUGUUUGUUUCUAUGUGGAUAUCAAAUACAGCUGCUGCAGCUAUGAUGAUUCCAAUUAUAGAAGCAACGUUAAAUGCAUUAGAAGAGCAGGGCAUCGGCGAGGUAUUUGAAAAAAAAAAUCUUGAAGGUGAAUUCAUAACUGUAGAUAAUGGCGAUAUGGAGAAUAGACGACCAACAAGGACAACUAUGUGCUAUUUUAUUUCCACUGCUUAUGCUGCUAGUAUUGGAGGAAUGGGUUGCAUUAUUGGUUCAGGAACCAACCUUACAUUCAAGGGAUUAUAUGAAACGUACUUUCCAGAAAGUCCAGGUGUGGAAUUUACAAAAUGGAUGAUUUUGAAUGUACCUAUUAUGUUAAUGAUAAUGUACUUGGGCAUUAUAUGGCUUCAGUUCUGGUAUAUGGGAUUAUUUAGACCCAAUUCGGUAGAUGCUAAGAAGAUAAAAGUUGGUUCACAAGGAGAAGCUGUUGCUAAAAAGCUCAUUACCCAUCAACUAGAGCAAUUAGGUCCUAUGUCUUUCCAUGAGAAAGCUAUAGGUGUAUGCUUUCUAUUAUCAAUUAUUUUGUGGUUCUUCAGGAAGCCACAGUUUGUACCAGGUUGGGCAGAACUCAUCACUGAACAUAAAGUAAAGGACGCAACCGCUGCGUUAAUAGUCGUAAUGAUAAUGUUUAUUGUCCCCUCCAAACUCGAUUUCAUUUAUAUGUUUAGCAGUAAUGAGCAAAAGAGACCAAAAGCUCCUUCUCCUGCUCUUAUUUCUUGGAAAAUCGUUCAACAGAAAAUGCCUUGGGGUCUCCUCUUUUUACUUGGUGGUGGUUUUGCCAUGGCUGAAGGGUCCAAAGCCAGUGGAAUGAGUCACAUGAUAGCUCAACAUCUUAGAGGGUUCACUUCAUUAAAUAAGUAUUACGUUAUGUUGAUUUCCGGAUGCAUGGGAUCUUUUCUGACCCAGUUUUCGAGUAAUGUUGCAUGCGCCAAUGUUAUUUUACCGGUACUAGCUGAAAUGUCUGUGGAUGCCAAAAUUCAUCCGAUGUAUCUCAUGAUGCCCGCUGCACUGUGUUGUUCCUUUUCAUAUUGUCUUCCAGUAUCAACUCCUCCUAACGCAAUUGCAGCAGCUCCAUGCAACAUGCCAUCUAAAGAAAUGACAAAAGUUGGUAUCGGAAUGACGAUAAUUUCUUUAUUGGUGCUAUUUACCGUUUUUCCUUUUUACUCAAGACUUAUAUGGGACGUAGAUACUUUUCCUAUUUGGGCAAAAGAUGAUUAAAAAUUUAGUAUUGCCUACUUUAACUGUUUUAUCCAAAACUUUAUGGAUAGAGAAAAUUUUAUUUAAUUUCUUUUGUACAUUCUAUACUGUACUACAAACAAUUUGCCUUUUUAUUUAAAACAAUUUUUUACUGAUUAAGAUUUAGAGAGAGUUAAGGUGGGUGAAAGUGAGAUAAUAUUCAAAUGAAUGUAUUUUAUUGAUAUAAGUCACCUUUUAAAGAAGUUUCACCUCGCGUAAAGUAGAUAUGGAUGUGUCACUUAAAGUUUAUUUUAUUUUUAACAAAUCCAUAAAAGUUUAGACAAUGGUGUUAACGCACCUUAGAACUUUUGUUAUGGUAACAAUUUGAUGUUUUAAAAUUAGUAGAUUAUGGACAAUAUAAUUGAAUCAGUUGUCAAUGUUUUCAUAUAUAUCCGUAGUGAAUAGUGCCCUGCUGGAGAUAAAACAUUGAAUUCCAAUAAAUUAAGUCAAGGAAUCAAUUAGGAGCAAAAAAGGUAAUCUCUUAUUUUCGGCAAAGUAACAUCAAUAUUUUAAAUGAGUAAUGAGUAUAUUUAACAUUUAUUGUUGAAAAGAUAUUUGAUUUUUUGAUAAUGUACGAUUCUUCCUCUCAAUAGAGAAUAACUUUGAAAUGGAUAUUGCAUUAUUGUUUAUUAAAAUAGGUAUAACCAUUUCACUAAACUUUUAUUGUAGUUCACUAUUGAAAUAUAGAUACAAAAGUUAAAAUAAUUGAUUUUCUUUUGAUUCUUCACAAAGUUGCUUUGAAACAGGUAGCCAUUUUAUCUUAGAUAUAUACUACAUCUUUGAAUGUACACAUUGGCAGAGUUGCCACAAUUUAAAAGCUGAAUGUAAAAAUUGAACUAGAAAAUGUACUAGAUUGUACCAACUUCAAACAAAUUUAAUUAAAUUAUAGAAAGAUGUAUAAACAUAAGUUUAAAUUAAUUUUUUUUUUCCAAAAAUGUUAUAUACUGUGUCAAUUAUUAGUUUAAGGAUGAAAAAUUUAUAUAUAAGUUUACCGAUAAAAUUAGCAAUGCAGUACAAAAAUGUCACGAUCUAAAUAUAAAUCAACUUGGCUCUGUUUUCUAAUUAUUGUUAUAAUCUAGUACAAUUUCUAGUUUAUUUUAUUAAACGAAAAUAUAAAAUAACUUUAUAUUUGCGAACGCAAGGAAAAUGUAUUAGAAAAAAGGAUAAAUGUACUAGCGUAUAAAAUACACUAAAAUGUGCUAAAAUUGUACAAUUGUACUAGCUCUGGCAACACUGCACAUUGGUCGCAUUUAGCGGACGAAACCGCUAUGCAACUGUUGUAGAAUCCUAGCGGAUUCUUUCGCUGGCGCGUUCGCUACAAACUCAACACGUUCUGGAGCGGCCGUCAUGUUUCUUAACGCUUUUAUUUUGUGCUAGGUAGCGAUAGCGGAACUGAAACAGAACAAGACCAGAAAGUUGUUAAAACAACUGUGUGCCGUGACUAAACGUUAAGUUGUAGCUUUCUUAAAAGAAAACUGAUUUGGUCGAGAGAAUGAAAAAUAAAUUGGAGCUCCAUAAAUUAAUCGCAUAAUUUAGUUUUGAUAUACAUACAUCGUAAUUUAAAGAAACUAGACAAAGUACCGCAACAUAAUGAACACUCGUUAAGUUCAAUAAAAAUAAUUUCGUUUGAAUACACUUAACCAAAAACAAAUCAAAAACGGCGAGCCAGCGAACGUUUAGCACGUUCCCGAUCACUCCGCUGAAUGCAGCCAUAAUAAUUCGGACAAUAUUUCAAUUUUCCAACUUUUUUAUUUAUCAUUUUAUGAUUAGUAGACAAUUGAUGGGCUUCCGAAGUAUUAUUGUUUCUAGCUAUUUCUCUACGUGAUAUUUUCUACAUUUAAACUUUAGUUUUAAGCCCAAAAUCAGUCUUUGUAUAUUCAAUAGCUCCAAUAAAUUACUCAAAUAUUAUGCACUCAUACAGUUGAUGUUAAAAUAUUUAAGGAAGAAGUUACUUGAAUGAAAAACACUGAUUUCACCUGAGUGAAUUGAUUCAGUACCUAAUCGUCGUCUAAGCGUCCGUUUUACUACACUCUCCAUCUAUUAAUAGCAUGAUAACUUUCUUAUUUUGUUUUAUGAAAGCGAUUUUCCAUUUUAAUUAUAAAAACUGAUUAUUUUGUAAUAAAACGUGCAAUGACAUUCUAAAUAUCUACAUAUUAAAAACAUAAAUUUAUUUUAGAUUUAAUACAAAAUACAAAAAAUCGCUUAUAAACGCUGAUAAUGUAGUAACAAAGUAUUUGGGAAAGCUUUCAUAUUUGGUGAACUGGGUCGACUGCGGAAAUAAAAAAUCUGAAUGAAAAUCAGAAAACUAUAUGUACAAACCAAUGUGCAUAAUGCUUAAGACCUUCCCUUCCUAUUUUGUGCCAUGCUUCACCCAAACCCUUCUAAGGUUCUCAUGCCCCUCUAUGUAACAUAAAUAAUUUUUAAUUUUAAAAAAUAUCCAAUUGUGAAACUUAAUGAUAGGUUUUAGGAAAAAAUCACUAGGAAUUUUUCAACGAAACACAUUAAGUAAAUUCUUAAAACAUAUAAAGAGAAACUAAAAUUCAAAUUCUAAAUAACUUUCAAAAAGAUUUUUCCUAUAAUAAUUUAAUAUUUUAAAUUUAGUGAGUUAGGUCCAAUUUGAUUAGCUUCAGCUCAAGUCUCGCCCUUCCGUUAUAUUAUAUCCAAACUAUUUCUUUUUUUUUACCAGUUAAUAAUUCAUAGCACUAAAUCCACACAGGUAAAUGUGAAGAUAGAAACGGAAAAAAUAGUAUUCUAGUACAUUUGGUUGAAUUUGGGUAUUUUAUAUCUGUUUCUUCACAAAGUUAUGCCAUCGAUCUUUUUAUAUUAAAUAUAGUUUUAUCUAUGACUGAUCAUCUUGCACUUCUGCGAGUUCCUCUUUAUACUGCAUAUUUGAUAAAUCCGACAAAUCCACUAAUAUUGGCUGCAUUAUCCAUUUUGGAAAAUCAAUUUGUUUUAAAUCAGAAAAUUUUUCUUUUGAAUAAAUGACAAGUAAAAAAAUGAAGAGAUUUUUACGAAUGAAAUAUUCAGAAGUAAAUGAAAUUGGCUGAAAGAGUCGACAAUAACAAAAUAUAACCAACUUAAAUUAGAAGCAAAAUCUCUCCGUAAAAUUAUAACAUUAAUUAAACAAAAAUCUAAAUUAUUACUAAAUCUACGUCUAAAUACACACGUGGCUGUGAAGAAAAGAAAUGCUUCUCAGACUCAGUCAGCUGACUCAAAGCAAAAGGGUUAAACUAGUGUCGAGUUUAUUUUCGAACUGCUCUCUUUUAAAAUCAAAUUGCUGUCCUGUGGGGCGUGGGCCCUACGUUAGGAAACACGGCCUUAAGUACUUUAUUGAAGCUAUGACUGUUCCUAACUACUUUGAAAACGAAUUUAAUCGUCAACAAAUUCAUACUUUGAGAGUAAUUUUACGUCAUUUUCUAUGGCCUAGAUAACGUCACAGCAAUCAACAAUAAAAAACAUUAUUUCAAUAAUAGAACUAUAAUGGCGUCAGAAUUGAUAUUUUAAUAUUUUAUAUAAUGUAUGUAUUUAUUUGAAUGAAUAAUUCUCAACGCUCGUAAUAAAACUGGUUAUAUUGAUUUCUAAUAUUGAAUAAUUCAAAUUUAAACCUUAUAUAACCCAUCUAAAUCUCAAUUACCUACAUAAAAAAUUGAAAAUUUAUAGGGAUAGCCCAGUAUUGUUAUUAGAGUAGUUAUUUUAGUACAGACUGAUUUCGUCACUAAAUAGAGUUCAUACUGGUAGAGAGAGUUAUCAAUGUUGAGCUUAUUUCACUCAUAACAUAUCAUUAUUAAGUCUAAAUACAUAGAGUAGUAAUGUAGCAAGUGUAAUAAUGUAAUUGCUGUAAGUAUUGUACAAUCGCCGUCAUCAAUAAGAUUGUAAUAUAAGAGGUAUUGAAACCAAGAUUUAUAGAAGAAAAGAAAUCAGACAUAUGAACAGCACAACACUAACAAAUAAAGCGUACUCUUACAUUUCUUAGUUCAAUUUGAAGUUAUUCUAUUCACUGGAUAAAUUCAAAUAAUGUAAUUACUAUAACAGUUCAUUGAAUAAAUGAAAAGUAAUCACCGUUUACUAUAUUUUUAGCUCAUUCACCAAUAAUAGUACCAAUUUGCUCAUUACUUCAAUCCUAGCUUCAUGAAUUUGAUUAGAGAAAUAAGAUUAGGUGUUUGUUCUUCAGUAGUAUAUCAACAAGAUAUUGUUUUCACUUUAUAUGUAAAUUAAGCAUAAUCUCUACUAGUGAACUCCAGACAUGACAUUAGGGUUGGAAUUACAGUGCUAAUAUUUUUUCAAUAGUCUUUACUUCUUGAUAGUUUUUGCACCUUGCUAAGUACGUUGCUUCAUAAAUUUUGUUCAAAGGCACGGAUGACUGCAAAUGUAUCUACUAAAAACAUGUACUUUCAAAAACCGAGAAGCACUGUCAAAAGUAUAAGGUGCUUUGUUUGAGAAGGAACUUUGACUUUUGUACAUCACUGUAUAUAAAUAAUUCAUUUUCAUUUUAUAGUAUGGAAACGUGAAUUAAAAA